GUUCCUUCCCGGACGUUUCCAAAGAGGAAGUAGUCCAUUCAACAACAAACACACUUCUAAUCAUCGCUUUCUAGAACUGCGCACCGGUUUAUUGUUAAUAAGUCAGUCAACAGUAAUUUUCCAUGGAGACUCCAGAGCCAGGACCAGCUGACGGAGAAGAACGUCUGGUGGAGCUGCGCCCUCGGACGCGCUCCAACCCCGAGGGGGCGGAGGACCGUCGGGGCAGCACCGGCAGCCUGGGGGGCACCGUGAACCCCAUCAGCCCUCAACCCGCAGUGGGCAGCCGGGUGGAGGGGGAGGGAGAGGCCUCCACCAGUGACAGCCCGCCCACCACCACCACCACCUCCGGCACCACGGCGGCCUCAGGUCCUGUCGGGACCCCAGGGGCAGCAGCACUAGCCUCUGCCAAUGCCAGCGGGUCGUUUCCCACGUCGGUCGCUGUGAAAGAACGUCCUAAACCAUCGCAGCCACCGCCCCCGCUGGCGGCUGCUGUUCCUCCCAUUCCUCCCAUUCCUCCCAUUCCUCCCAUUCCUCCCAUUGCCGAAUACCAGCUCCGUGCCCCCCGAGCCAACUGUCCAGAGAAAGUGAUCAUCUGUUUGGAUCUCUCGGAGGAGAUGUCGUUGCAGAAGCUGGAGUCGUUUAAUGGGUCCAAAACCAACGCCCUGAACAUAUCCCAGAAGAUGAUUGAGAUGUUCGUCAGAACAAAGCAUAAGAUUGACAAGAGGCACGAGUUUGCUCUGGUUGUAGUGAACGACGACGCUCUUUGGCUGUCGGGGUUCACCUCUGACCCCAGAGAGCUGUGCAGCUGUCUGUAUGACCUGGACACCAAUGUGUGUGAAUCUUUCAACCUGGAAGAUCUUCUCAACGUAAUCCGUCAGAAGAUUGAGCUGCCGAUAAUGGACAACGUCCAGACCAUCCCUCCGCCCUUCGUGGUGCGGGCGCUGCUGCUGUACAGCCGCCAAGUGGGCCAGAUGCUCUUCAGCCCGUCGGAGGCUGUCAGCAAGAUGCUGCAGUCGCCGUACUUCUUCCUGGAUGUGGUGUACCUGCACAACGGGGCGGAGGACUCUGACAGCAGCUGGAGGGACAACUACCGCACCUUCUGCGACCUGGACGCCCGCGGCCUGUGCUACCGCUUCGAGGUGUCCCUGAGUGGCCCGGCCAUCGAGCUCCACAACUGCAUGGCCAAGCUGCUGUCGCACCCGCUGCAGCGGCCGUACCAGAACCACGCCUCCUACAGCCUGCUGGAGGGGGACGCGCCCCCGCAGGCCGAGCCCGCCGUGUAGCCCCCUGUCCCCAGCGGGGGGGUCCCCAGCUCUCCGGGGGUCCCCAGACCGACCCGGGGCUCUUUAUCUUCUCCGUGGGCGGCAGCGGACAGGACGACAGUUUGUGGUGGUUUGUUGUAGUCGGUUGUUAUGGUGACACUCAACAAACCGCCCGGAUCAAUGAACUCGCUGGAAAUUAAAAACUGCCUUUGUCGACUUUGUCGAAGGAUCACAGAUGGGGACAUAAGGCAGUCGAAGAAGCACACAAGAAAAAUAUGAAACGGUUACGUUUCCAUGGUGACUGUUGCUAUUGGUUUUCCUUCUCCCCAACUAAAUCUGGGGGCCUUUAUAAACUCUUAUGAACUUAAAAGAAAACAAUCCAUGUAGACAACGCAGAUUUUCCAUCACUGGAUCUUGGGAGAGACGGGAAAGUGUAUUGUGUUCUACUGUUGUGGUGAUGGUGUUUGAUCAUUAGCAUGCAUAGCGUCCUCUUUUAAUUCAAGUAAUAUCUGCAUUUGUUAAUCAAGUUUGGUGUUGUCAGAUUGGUCGCUCAUCCGUAAGGGCCAAUCAUGGCUUUUGGUUAGCCUACAGUAGGUUAACCUUAGUCAACCUAACAACUGAUCUUAAAAAUCGAAAUCCAACCACUGGAAACCUGUUCUGUGUAUAUAUUUUAAAAACCUUCCUGAUAUUAAAGAAUCUGUCUUUAAUGUCAUUGUUUCCAAGCUUCAUUAAAGAUUGCGAUGUGACCAGUA